AUGUCCUCCGGUCUCGUCUUCAUCACUGGAGCAACUGGCUUCAUCGGCAGUGCCGUUGCUAUCAAGACUCUACAAGCUGGCUAUAGUCUGCGCAUUAGCGUUCGCAAGGAAGAACAGAUUCCUAAACUAAAGGCGGCACUCUCUGAGUAUGAAGACAGAAUCGAAUUUGUCAUCACCCCAGACAUAACACAGCCGUCUUCCUUUGCCGGAAAGCUGGAUGGAGCUAAAUAUGUGCUGCAUGUCGCUUCGCCCAUGCCCCAUGGAACCAACCCGGAGACAUACUUCGGCCCAGCCGUCAUGGGCACCACGACUAUCCUAAAGGAGGCUGCUAAAGUUAGCAGCAUCAAGAAGGUGGUCAUUACUUCCUCAAUUGCCGCUUUAAUACCUAUGUCGGGUCGUCCCGAGGGAGGGGUUAUCAAGGAGAACAAUGACUGGGACUUGUCAGUCGAUCAGACCGCUGACUUGACUGGUGCCAACAAUGAAGCAACGAGCAUGAACCUCUACCAUGCAUCUAAGCUUCUCGCAAAUCAAGCAAGUUGGGACUUCAAGAAGACCGAAAACCCUACUUUUUCCCUUGUGACUCUCCACCCGGCCUUUGUUUUUGGACGCAACGCCCUCCAGACCACUGCCGAGGAUCUAAGUGGCACUAACGGUCUUUUCUUCCUCACUGUUGCUGAUGGGAAACCCCUGAUCAAUAUCACUGCUGUUCAUAUCGACGAUGUUGCCGAGGCCCAUGUCAAGGCCUUGGCCGACAAUAUCCCAGACAGGUCCUCGUACUUGCUCGCUGGGAAGAAGAACUCUUGGAAGGACGUGGCAGAAGUUGUGAAGAAGGAGUACCCUCACCUGGGAUUCAAGAUCUCAAACGAUAUUUCUGGGGAGUCUUGGCCGGUUGAUACGACCAAGGCUGAGGCUGAACUGGGGAUGCAGUGGCGGUCAUUGGAGCAGAUGACGAGGGAUGUUAUUGACCAGCAGAUCGAGCUGCGCAGCAAAGGUAAUUUCUGA